AUGGCUUACCGGAGACGGCACCGCCCGGGCUUUGCGCACAACAGCUGGGAGCCCGAGGAGAACAUCCUCGAUCCAAGACUCCUCCUCGCUUUCCAAAAGAAGGAACACGAAAAAGAAGUGCAGAAUGAACCAGAGAUGCCUGCAAAAACAAAGUCAAGUAGCUCCUCUUCCUCCACAUCCUCCUCGUCCUCCUCGUCCGAUGAAGAGGAUGAAAGUGACCUGGAAGCAAAGAGAGGUCCCCGCAGCAGAGAGACUCACCCGGUACCGCAGAAGAAAGCUCAGAUCCUGGUGGCGAAGCCCGAAAUGAAAGACACUUCCAGGAAGAAGCGUGGGCGGAAACCUCUUCCCCCAGAGCAGAAAGCAGCUCGAAGGACGGUGAACCUGACAAAGGUGCUGAAAACGUCCCGGAAGGAGGUGGGCAGCAGCACCAAGCUGGUGGGGAAGCUGCAGCCCCAGCACAGCACGCAGGGCUCGGGCACGGCCGUGCCGAAGGACCCACCGGGCGCCUUGGCUGGGCUCAGCUCGGGGGGGUCAUCCACAGAAAACCUGCCCAACAUGAUGAAGAGCGGCUCCACGAGCCCAACCCGGGCCAUCAGCUGGCAGAGCUCCAUCGUGCACUACAUGAACAGGAUGUCCCAAAGCCAGAACUCGGCAGAGACCUCGCCCCUGAGCAGGCUGGCACUGAAGUCCCAGGCAUCCAGUAAGAGCGGCUUAGGGCUUGACUUAAAAAUGAGGAACCAGAAAGGAUCUGGGGAGCUUGGGCUGAGCAUGCAGGGACCCAAGACUGCCAAGGCUCCUAGUGGUGGCGCCGGAGGGGACCAGAAAUCGGGGUUUGCUGCGGGAAGCCAAAUGCUGCACAACGGCAGCAAGAUCAGCAAGAACGAGAAGCAGGCGCACCGGGCAGGCGAUAGAGACUUGGCCAAAAGCGGCACAGCCGGCACGCAGGAGGGGCACGCGGCCGCGGAGAACCGCAAGGCGGCCGCCCUUUCCGAAAUGAGCACGGGCGAAGAGACCAGCUCAGAUUCAGACCGGGAUUCCGCUUCCUUCCCGGGCGUGGGUCAGAACAUGUCUGUCUCUAUCCAGACCAGCCAGGACUGGAAACCCACCCGCAGCCUGAUCGAGCACGUCUUUGUCACCGACGUCACCGCUAACCUGAUCACAGUGACGGUCAAGGAGUCCCCCACCAGCGUCGGGUUUUUCAACCUACGGCAAUACUGA